GAUUGAUUGAUAUGUUGCUUUCAGAAUGUUAAUAUGAGAAGAUGACGGCGCUAAGCAAUAAUCUAAAUGAGUUAGAUGUUCUAUUACAGGAUCUGUCCGCAGCUAGAUACAGUGGACAUAUCGAGAGAAGAGAAACUGUUAUAGAGAGUAGAACAUUCUCUAGUCAUUCUAAUUAUCAGGAUGGAUCAGACACUAUUCUUGCACCACGGCCCCCAGAGAGGAAUAAAAAUAAAGGUGGAGUUGGCAAAUUCUUAGAUGGACCUGAUCCCCAUACAGAACUACAUGCUGUAGAGAGAACUAGAACAGAGAAAUCUACUAGAGUACUUACAGAUAGCGGGGAUGAGAGUAAAUGGGAGUACAUGGGGUUCGGUAUUUGGGAGAACAGGGAUGGAUCCACUUCACCCUCAGGAUUAAGAAAUAGUGCAGAACGUACAAAUGGUUUCAAUGAAUCCGGAGUCCAGGAGAAUAAACUUAACUUCCAGGGUAAGAGUUUCGUUGAAGAGAGGGAUAUCUAUGUUGAUCGGUCAGCAGGAUUCAACGCUGAUCGGUCACCUGGAUUCAACAACGACAGGUCACCUGGAUUCAACUCUGACCGGUCACCAGGAUUUAACGUUGAGCGGUCACCAGGAUUCAAUACCGACUGGUCACCAGGAUUUAACGUUGAGCGGUCAUUUAAGACAACUGAGAGAAGCAGUGGAUACCAAGUUGAACAAGUUGGUGCAUCAAAUGCAACUCAAGAGUUGGAUGAUCUGAUGACCUCGUUGAAUAAUUUCAAGAUGGCGGAUAGGAAUGUUGAUGAGCCGGUUAUCUCACCAAACCUGGACACUAUGCUGGGGAAUCUUCAGGAGGAUAUGGAUAAACAAGGAGUAAAAACUACCCAGAAGGGUGUUUGUGGCGCAUGUAAGAAACCAAUCGUCGGCCAGGUGAUCACUGCCCUUGGAUAUACUUGGCAUCCGGAACAUUUUACAUGUGCACAUUGCAACCAGGAGCUGGGAACAAGCAAUUUCUUCGAGAGAGAUGGAAAGCCUUUUUGUGAACAGGAUUACCAUCAUCUGUUCUCUCCUCGGUGUGGGUUCUGCUCAGGGCCUAUACUUGAUAAGUGUAUAUCUGCCCUUGAUAAUACUUGGCAUCCCGAACAUUUCCUUUGCUCUGGCUGCGGUCAUCAACUAGGAGAAGAGGGUUUCCAUGAGAGAGAGGAUGCUGCCUACUGCAAGACCUGUUACUUUGAUCAGUUUGCACCUAAGUGUGGUGGGUGUAACACUCCUAUUACUGAGAACUAUAUUUCAUCUCUAAACCAACAGUGGCAUCCGAACUGUUUUGUUUGCAAGGAAUGUAACUCUCCGUUUAAUGACGGGGCAUUCUUUGAGCACGAUGGAUUCCCGUACUGUGAAACCCAUUAUCAUGCUCUCAGAGGCUCAUUGUGCGCAGGAUGUCAUAAGCCAAUAUCUGGGCGAUGUAUUACAGCAAUGUUUCGGAAGUUUCAUCCUGAACAUUUCGUCUGCAGUUUCUGUUUGAAGCAGCUGAACAAGGGAACCUUUAAAGAACAAGGAGAUAAACCUUAUUGUCAUGAAUGCUUUGAUAGACUUUUUGGAUAAUUCAACAGAAUCUGUUCGACGAGAAACCAGUAGUUUCAAUGAAAAAUUGAAAAUAGAGUUGUUUAAAGGGCCUCCUUAAAGUAACAAAUUUAAUUGACAGAAUUCUACACGUUCUAAAAUAGAAAACAAAUAUAUUUCACUAUUGGUGCUCAGUUAACGGUUUGAAUCGAGGGGAUAAUUUGAAAUUACGUUGACAGCCCCUUUAAACAUUUCUAUAUUAAUUUAAAAAACUUAUACAAAAAAUAUAACUAUUUUUUAUAGCUACUCUCUGUAAGUUUUGCGCUUGUUAACUAAGCACCCUAUAUCAAAAAUUGAAACAGCUGUUCCAGUUUUCAGACUUUGACACAGCUUAUCUUAACUUUAACUAUUCUUAACCACCAUCAAUAAAUUUAGUUAACUGCAAUCAAAUUUAAAUAUGAAUUUUGACAAUCUUUUGUUUUUUUAAGGUUAAUAUAAAAACAAACUGGAUAUUUAACAUUGUAACUGGCUUCAUACGUAGCUUUCGGUGUAAACACAAGAAGUUUUUGUUAAAAAAUACUAGAAUCUAUAUUUUUUUAAGUGCCUUUAUAUAAAUACACCUUUUGCCUUGAAAAGCCCCGAGAAAAGUCUGUCAGUUAUAUUGUACGCGGAAAGCCUUGUAAAGAAUUUAUAUCGUAGAUUAUUUCUGACAAUUUUGUUUUUGUUUUCCCGCAUUUUUUUGAGUUUGCAUUUUUACAGUGUACACUUUCUGCAAUGUUUUCUUGAUACUAAUGCGUAUAAUCGUAGAAUAGAAAGAAAAAUUAAAACAAUCGUAUACAUCAUUGACCAAUUUUAACUAACCCACUAAUAUUUACAACUUUAAUAAAUAAUUGAUAAUA